AUGACACCAAUCGAUCCUGUACUGUACAUAUGGCACGACUGCCUGGACGAAAAGAAUCCAUGCCUCCGCAAGAUGAGAUUUGUGAUCCCGAAGAAGUUCAUUCACAACGGCAAUCCGAAGCCAGAGCAAUGGGUGGACAUCGGUGUACUGAACCUCGAAGGCGCAUUCGACAAAGAAGGACGUGAAUGCCUACACUGA